UAGAGCGGACGCGUCGGAAACCUCCCCGGAGGGGCCCCGUGUAAUUCGAUGCAUGCUGUUAAAGCUUAGAGUAUAUUGUCUUCCCUUUGCUUAUGAAGCCUCCACCCACCGGCCCACCCUACAUUUAGCGGAUCAUGUGACUCGGGCAGCCUAAGAAACAGGAUGUUAAUGCUUGACGGAAUGCCUGCAGUCCGAGUCAAAGCUGAGCCCCUGGAAUCGGAACAAGGGUCACCUAAAGUGCGCCCUUACUCUGCGAUGGACGGUGUCCCCUUUUUCCUCAGCAGAGUUAAACCCGAACCUCCAGAAGACCUCCUCGCUCACGACCUGCACUUCCACACACAGACCGAGCCUGUCGAUCUGUCAAUCAACAAGCCCCGCCCCUCCUCUUCAUCCACCACCCCUACCACCACCUCAUCAUCCUCCCCUCUCAGAUACGCUUUCUCCCCGUCUUCUUUAUCGUCUUCAUCCUCCUCCCCCUCCUCCUCCUCUCCAUCGGUUAUCACCUCAGCCUCAUCGGUGCUAACGCCAGGCCCUCUGGUUCCCCCUGGAACCGGGGUGAGAGGUCAGCCGUAUUUGCACAUCCUGCACUCUGUGCCGCCGCCUCCAUCCAGCCCUCUGAGCCUGCAGGGAGCAGGGAAGCUGGCCAGCCAUGUUCACCGCAUCCCAGUUGUGGUACAGUCACUGCCCCUCAUGUACACCACUGCCGUUCGAUCACCCUCCAGCCUCAACAACGCCAUCAUGCUACCUCUGCUGGACGAGGUCAAAAGCCAGGGCAAAGCACAUACAGACCACAACAGCCUGUCGCCAAGGCAGAUCAAGAGUGACAGCGACGAUGACGACCUGCCAAACGUGACCUUGGACAGUGUUAAUGAGACCGGCUCCACUGCGCUGUCUAUAGCUCGCGCUGUACAAGACUCCAUGUCCCCGUUCAGUAUUGACAGCAUACGGCGCCCCCGGAGGUCAGAGUCACCGGAUUCCAAAAAGAGAAGAAUUCACAGAUGUGACUUUGAGGGCUGCAAUAAGGUGUACACCAAAAGUUCCCAUUUAAAAGCACACCGGAGGACGCAUACAGGGGAAAAGCCAUACAAAUGCACCUGGGACGGCUGCACGUGGAAGUUUGCCCGCUCCGACGAGCUGACGAGGCAUUACAGAAAACACACGGGGGUAAAGCCCUUCAAGUGCGCAGACUGUGACCGCAGCUUCUCCAGAUCUGACCACCUGGCCCUGCACCGGCGGAGACACAUGCUGGUGUGAAGCUGACGGAGAGAGAUUUUAAAAAAUAAAAGCAAAGAGAGAGAGAAAGAUCAAUGGAAACAGACACAUACAACCACAGGCAGCCGGGGGAGCGGGAUCUCCCUAUGAAUGUUUGUCAGCUGGCCUGGACGCACACACACGUACACACACACACAGAUGCACACACACACUCUCAUCCGUCACAAGGAGAGAAGAUCGAGAGGUGCACAGGGCUUGUGGAGCACAAAACAGGGUCACUUCUGGAUCCUCUUUGGGUUGGAAGGAAUCGACGGCAGGAUCUGUUAUUGUUAUUCUUUGAAGUAUAAUAGGGAACUGUCUUUUACAGCACUGUUUGUAAAUGUUUCACUUUGAUUUUUAAAGAUGAACUCGCACUCUUUAUUUGGACAAAAAAAAAUAUAUAAUGCAAUCGCAAACAGUCUCUUUUUUGGUAUCUUUCUUUUCAUUAUUGUUCAAAUGGCUGCUUUUCCAGCACUCAUAAUGUGAAAGACCCCAUUGUAUGGAAUGGAUUUCCUGUGUGAGCAGAGAGAUGUGAGGCCUGGACUGGAACACAGGAAAAGGACUUGGGCCUAGUUGGAGUUACAGGCAGUAUUGUUGCGCCUUGCCUCCCUGUGAGUCUGAUUUGUGACCAGCAGAGGGCGCCACUGCAUCACGGAUGGUUUCCUUUGCCCUGCUGGAGCCUGCUGUUACACCGGGGCAUCCCAUACGGAAGCUCAAAGAGGGCUGGACUUUCACCUGUCUCAUCGCCAGCAAACAUUUAACAUUACAUACAAAAAUUAACUCAAAAAGCCACAACCUGAACGCCAUCAACACGCCCACUUUUAAAGAUAUUCAUUGCUUUAUUCCAAACAAUGAAAAUUGGACACGCAUAUCAUCACACCAGCAAGAAAACACACUGUUUAUGACGCGCUCACAGGGCCGGACAACCCCAAAAUCUCAUCAGUGCUAUUCUUUAUGUUGAGCCUCUUGAAAGCAUUUCUUAAAAAAAAAAAUCUUUGGUGGAAUUUGUGCUGUGAUUAGCAAUCAGUAAAGUGCAAUCUUAAAGGAUAAAUAUACUUUUAGUAUGACAACGUUUUUGUUUAUGGAAUCUUGCUUCUUCUUCUUUUUUUUUCUUUCUGUUUUUUUAAUGCCUGCUUAUUGCUUAUGUUUGAUUCAGAAAAAUACAACCCCUCAUGUACAGUGAACUUUGAAACAAUCAGAGGAGAUAUCCAGUAUGUGAAAAAAAAAAAAUAGAGGCACCUUACAGACUCAUGCUUUCAUUCUGUCCCGAUCGAUCUGUUUUUUUAAUUUUUUUUAUUAUUCAGCUCUGUUUUUCUCAGCUGGGUUUGAUAGUGAAAGGAACUCACGUUGUGGUUUUUGCACAGCGGCACUUGACCAUAAGCUGAAACGGACAUCGGCUGCAGUGUUACAGGGGUCGUGUGCUACCUAGUAUACAAUACAGAAGAGCAAUACCUACGGAACAAAGUCAUGCUCCUUUGUUCUGUUUGCUGAUGUCAAUAUCGGAGGAGAAGUUUCUAACUGUCUCCUCACUCUGUACCGCGACUCCCCUCUGUUUGAUAGGUUCAUAGCUCCAGCACAAGGUUCUAAAUCUGAUGUGUCUCAGUUAGUGAGUUACUCUGAAUUGUUUUAUUUUGUGUGUGUCUCAAAUACCGGAAGUCACUUGAAAUGUUCUCACCUCAGACCAGAUAUAUGUUUGAUUUACCUGAGAUUUGGCUAUUUAAAAUGCUAAAAAAAAAAUGGAGGAAUCACACAUGCAUACAUGUAUAAAAAAAUACAUAUGAAUACAUGAAUACAUUAUGUAUGUACAGUACAUUUCAGAGUUACUGGCAGAAAUAUGUUAUCUCUGAGAUAACAUCACUUAACCUUAAUCAAUAAUUUUAAUUAAAAAGUCCUUUUUUAUAGUCAUAAUAACAGAUAUUUUUAGAGUAUUUCCAAUACUCUUCAUGCCGUGUAAGACCGGCGGACAUAAACUCCGAGCAUCAGGCCAUCCCAUAAUAUUUGAUAGUGCUGCUAAAUGCACUUAUUGGACCGUAGCCAGUAAAAAGAAACGGCAACCUUUUUUGAUAAUAGCACCUUGAAAUCCACACACACACAUCACACACACACACACACACACACACACACACACACACACACACACACACACACACUACACACAAAUUCGUGCACACACUGCAUUGAACAUCCUCACUUUCAGUAAAGUAGCCAAAUCCAGGAAAUCAUUUCCACACAUGCACCCAAUGUAUGUGACAUCCAUUUGAAUAGUAAUGUCUGUCAUCAUUAUUUAUGUAUUUUGUUUGCGCACAUGUCAUUAUGCCCAGUUGUAUUAUCAUUUUGGCAAAAAAGCAUAUCAGCACCUUGUUUGUUUAUGAGUAUGAUUUUCAAAAUUAUUUUAUUUCAGAUGUCAAUUUAUAAAACAAAUAAUCAUCAUCAUAUUUUAUCCUCCAUAUAUUGUAUACGAACAUUUUAUUAUUGAGGGGCACUUCAUCUUUGCAUAUAACUCUUUUUUUUCUUCUGUAAAAAGGAUCUUUUGAAAUGUUGUAAUAUAUGUGAUAGUGAAGAUAAAAACUUAUUACAAAGUUCUACAGCCUGUAUAUACAUUGGAAAAAUAGGGCUUUUGAUUAGUAGAUGCAGGAAAUACAUUUAUACAUGUAAAGUCUUUUUUCAGAGACUGUAAUUUAUCUAAUUUGAUAUACAGUGAAAUGGGGCUACUGGUAUCCAUCAUGUAAAUUAUCAUAUGUGAUGUUAUAGAACAGUUUGCUUUCUUUGGUUUGUGGUCAAAUAAGUUCACGAUCAAAUCAUUUUUAUUCCCGAGGCUGAACCAGUGUUUGCUAUAAUCAACAAAUUAUUUAUAUACAUUGACCGUAUCAAGGUACUCGAUUCCCUGUUUUGCUAUUUUGCUAUACCUGGACAAGAAAUUAUAUUGAUCAAGCACAUAUCAACAACACGUGUACUCUUCAGUGUAUGACGUUGCAUGCCUUAAUACACCAGUUUUUUUGCUCAAUUCAAUUAGACUUGAAUAUGGUGUCUCCACAGGACAGGGUGUGUUAUAUUUCAGCAUCUCUUUCCUCAUUUUCAAAGCAUAAUUUUGUAACGGUAACCAGGGUCAAAGUUAUGCAAUAAUAAUAAUAAUAAUAAUGAAUAGUGCCUCAUAUUGCAAAACUUGUAAUAUUAACUGCUGUGUGCAGAGUUUGGAUUUCAACAUGUGUGCUCAAAUUAAUAAAUAUCCAAUGGGAAACUUGGGGUAAAUUUUGAACAAAAAAAGCACAGACAACAUUAUGCAAGUCGGACCUUUAAUGUUUCACUUUCUUUUCGCACUGAGCCUUAUGCCAUUGUGUCAAAUGCAGCAUCCUCCCAUAACACUUUCCCCGGCUGUUUAUAGCUUGCGUUAUUACUUUUGCUUGCAAUAAGUCACUUCCUCUAAGGGGAACCAAACUGAGUUACAAAGGCCUCUUGAUGUUUCAGCUUCAUCACAUGAAUUCAACAUGGAGGAUAAUGAGGAAUCUUGUGGCUGGGACUCCGGCUGUAGAGCGACGCCUUUGUUAAUGAAUACUGAUCUUACACUUCUCUAUCAGUUCAAUAUCUAUUUUUACUUUCUGUGUAACAUCUGCCUUUGAUUUCCUGGUUUUGAAAAGUUUAAGUAGUGAAGCCAAUGCCUAUGUUUCAAGUUUGCUGAUAUUACGUACAGUAAUCGUCGUUCCUGUAUUUAUGUAAAGUGAGUGUAGUGUAAAUAUAUUCAGAUCUUUUCAUUCUUACCGUUUAAAAAAAUAAAAAAAUAAAAAAUGUGAUAUUGCUCAGCAUCGCUUCAAAAAGGGAGAUUCUGCUCAUGGAAUUCCACAUCUGUAAAAGAAAAUUUUUAAUCCUGAUAUUUUUCAAAAACUUCAAGAACAGGUGUCCUUUUUUUUCUGUUACGGUUUUCUUUUCUUUCCGAGAGUUGUUUAAGUAUCCAGUCAGUGUUUUGCCUUUUUCUCUGUAUUUUUCAUAUGGAUGGAGCUGUGAAAUUAAAAUAAGUUCAAACAUAUACAUGUAUAUUAAUAUGAAUGGAGGCAUGAAGGUUAAUAAAGUUGCAUUUUGUAUGUAA